UAGGCUUGGCUUGGCUGGUUUGUACGACGUAUGUUACGUGAUUAUCCCACUUCAGUCACAAGUCGAGUUGAGGAAGUAUUUCCAUGGGGUCAGACCGACGCUCCAAUGACUCGACAUUUAGACCAGUCAAACUUUUUUCCUUCUAAUCGUUAGAUCUAUAUAGAGGCGGACCCCACGCCCCUUUCCAAUUUAUCCGACUGAAUUUCUAUUCCGAGUUUUAUCAUCAUCGUCUGUCAAUGAAAUAACGCUUAAUAAGCAAAUCAAGAUCGUUUAAGAGAUCCAGUACUACCAAUAUGGUAGAAAAUUGAAGAUGUUGGAGAUUCUGGAGAUUACAGGCAUCUUUUAAUUAGGAAAAGGGAGCAGUUGAUCUUCAAGAUGUCGCUUCAACUCACAGCAAAGUGCGGCAAGAAUUUGCCCAAACUUGAUUUGCUUGGAAAAGUAGAUCCGUAUUUGGUCGCCAAUUUCCAAGGGGUACAACGAAAGACGCAACACCUGAAAAGUGAUCAAAACCCAACAUGGGAAACGGUAAUGGACUGGGACCUAGGUUCGAAAGCCUUAGAGAUCGGAGAUUUCAUCGAGAUUGACGUGAAAGAUUGGGAAAGAGUCGGUAGGCAUCGGUUCAUUGGAUGUUGCAAAUUGUCCCUGAAAGACAUCAUACGAUCAAAGACUAGAGAAACACAGUGUACUCUUCAACUUAAAGAUGGAUCCGAUCGACUUACCACGGGUGAGAUUGAGCUUCUUCUCAAAUACCAAGAGCCAAAGUCAGCGUCGUCUGGUCCGUCAGAAAUGGGUCGUGGAGCAGGGCAAGGCGAAGCUGAUGGAUCGAGUGUAUGCGAGCCUGGAAUGGCCGGAGGCCCUCUCGCGGGCUCGGAAGGUGUAGGACUAACGUUUCUGCCCGGUCGCAUGAAGAGAGAAGGUCUUUCCGAAAAACCACGUGACUUUCAAAUGCGCGUCAAGAUCUGGGAAGCGCGUCAACUUUAUGGUGCCAACACCAACCCGGUGUGUCGGGUAACCGUUCUUCACAGUACCCGGGUAACCAAGGUGAAGAAAUCAACCAACAAGCCUUACUGGGACGAAUUGUUCUUCUUCCAGUUCAACAUCAGCCCUGUUGAAUUGUUUGAUGAAACUAUACAGUUCCAGGUCCUCGAUUCGCACAUGGUUAGGAGCGAUGCGAUGAUUGGCUCAUUCAAUCUAGACGUGGGAUCAGUCUAUCAGAGCGAAGAACACACCUUUCAUAACAAAUGGCUUCUGCUAACGUCUAUGGAUGAGUCUAAGUCUUCAGGGGCCAAAGGUUAUUUGCUGGUCAGCAUCUCGGUGAUAGGACAAGGAGAUGAUUUGCCAUUAUUCCAGAAAGCUGAAGAAGAUCUAGACAUUGAGACAAAUCUGAUUCAGCCUGCAGGAGUGGAUGUUCGUAGAGGGUGCUUCAAUCUUCAAGUCUUCCAAGCCGAAGAUCUACCACAGAUGGAUGCAGCCUAUUUCGAGGGGAUGAAGAAAGUCCUCCGUGUCGGAGAGGAGAAGAAGGAGUUGGUCGAUCCCUAUCUUGUCUUCUCAUUCGCCGGGAAGUCGUUGGAGACAGAUGUGAAAUACACGAAUGAUCACCCUGAAUGGAACCAGGAACUACGACUACCAAUCAGAUUUCCUUCGAUGUGCGAGCGGUUGAAAUUUGUAUUGAAAGACUGGGAUCGGCUGUCAAAGGAUGACUUCAUCGCCACCACUUUCAUCGAUAUCAAUACAAUCGGAUCAAGAGGAGAUGAUGGAUUCCUUCCGACUUUUGGACCAUGCUUCGUCAAUUUCUACGGUUCCCCUCGCGAGUUUGAUACCUUCAAUGAUGACCACGAGGCUCUGAACAUGGGACGGGGGGAGGGUGCGGCCUACAGGGGGCGUGUCCUAGUGUCCUUGGCUACAGAGCUUGGGGACCCGCCCGAUGAGCCCAUCGUAAGCAUCAGUGCUCAUGACAUUCAGAGGGUGGACAAAUACAGACGACUUCGGAAAUACCAUCUCUAUGCCGCCUUUAUUAAUGCUACCAUGGUCAGCGAGACAGAUCAUCCAGUGGAAUUUGAGGUGAGUAUUGGUAACUCCGGCAACAAACUCGACGACCGCGUCCCACCUCAACCGUCGACUACGCAACCAACGAAUACCGUGUUCGAUGGCAACCAUUACUACUUUCUUCCCUGGACGAAAACGAAGCCGCUGAUCGCCAUCAACAGCGAAUGGGAGGACAUCAGCUUCAGACUCGAGGCCCUCAACGUUCUCUUGCACAUCGUUGCCAAACUGGAAAAACACAUCGAGCAUGUGAAGACGUGUAUAAAAUCAGGAGCAAGUGAAAGCGAAGUGGCAACUCAAGUUAUCAAGGCCAUCGACAAACUCAUUGAAGACUGCAAGACACCCUUACCUGAUUUCGGGGACAUGAAGAAAUACGCGAACCAGCUCGACCAUCGGAGGUUCGAGCUUCGACGACGGGUCAAGCUGGAGAUCGUGCGACGAGCAACGAUUCUCCGUCAGGAAGCCAUCGAACCCGACGAAACGGUGGAUGAACUCGAAGAGUACCUGGUCAUGCUCAAGGACAUCGCAGUCGAGCCUCAAAACAGCCUCCCUGACGUCGUGAUCUGGAUGAUCUGCGGAUCAAAACGAAUCGCCUACAUCCGGGUACCUGCCUACGAAGUUCUCUACUCGGAGCGCCGGAGGGAGGCUUGUGGAAGGUUCUGCGGAAGAACAUUCGGCUACUUCCUCAAGUAUCUGAAGGUGGCAGGGAAGCAGGAUGAUAAAUACGCCAUACCGGCAAUGCUCAGACUCAAACUAUGGCUAGGACUUGAGUGCCAUAGUGAAAACUUUCGCAAGGGAAUGUCCGACUCAACUAUAGCUGUCUACGCUGAAACGUAUGAAAAUCAACUCAACAUCUUGGGCCAGUGGACUGACAAGGGUCUGACAAGACCGAAAUUUUCGGACUCAACUGGAAAGCUUAACCUCCCCAAGAACAGCUUCGUCACACCAGAGGGAUGGGAUUGGGUAAGCCCUGAUUGGACCGUCAGCCUGGAUGCAAGUCUCCUGUACGACGCUGAUGCAGGACUGGAUCAUUUCUUGGAGGAUUGCUUCGAGCAGUCCAUCCGCUACAUCCCUGGAGGCGAAUUUGCCUUGGCUGGUAUCCCGUACACUACUGUGAAAGGCGACCCUGUUCUUCCCAGGGAGAAGAUCAACUGUCCGCCUGGAUGGCAAUGGGACGAUGAUUGGCAGGUCGACAUCAACAGGGCUUGUGAUGAGGAAGGAUACGAGUAUUGUAUUGAGUCUACUUCGGCUUCGUGGACUCCUGGAUGUAAGACGUACCACAUGUGCCGUAGGAAGCGAUGGGUGCGACCUAGAUCACUCAUCAAAGGAUUCAAAGUCGAAGAGGCGAAAGAAGAAGAACGUACCGGUGACGACUGGGAAUAUGCACCGAUGUUCAACAUGAGAUUCCACGCUACGGAGAGAAAGAUGGACAUGGUACGAAGGCGCAGAUUGCAUCGUAAGAUGGUGGCCACUACAGAAAAGGCAGCUUCAAUCUUCUCCCUCAAGAGAGCGAUAACCGACGACAAGAAUGAGAAGCAUGAUCAGCCCGUUCCACGAAUUCUUCUGGAAGCAAAAGAAACACACAAGUACCAACUGCGUGCAUACAUGUUUCAGGCUCGGAACCUGAUAGCAGCCGACUCUGACAGUUUCUCAGACCCGUUCGCCUUCGUGAGCCUUUUGUUUCGUAGUCAACGAACACAUGUCAUCCGACACUCGCUCUCGCCGACGUGGGACCAGACUCUCGUCUUCGAAGAGAUCGUCGUCCACGGAAACCCAGGCUUCCUUGCUCGACAUCCACCCGACAUCGUCGUCGAGCUCUUCGAUUACGAUGCCUAUAGGAAUGAUGAGUUUCUAGGUCGAGUCAUCAUCAAGCCACUCGUGAAAGUAGACCCCUCCGAUCGCAAGGUGUGCAGACUCGGUUGGCAUAGCCUUCAGCGAGGGAUCAGACCAGCAGGGGAACUUCUCGCCUCUUUUGAACUCUUUCUCGCGGUAAAAGAACCAUCUGACCUACCUUUUCUUCCGCCGAUGAAGAAGGACCGUUACGUGGUACCCAGUGGGAUACGACCGGUAAUGCAACGUACUGUGGUCGAGAUCCUUUGCUGGGGGCUUCGCAACAUGGCCAAGUAUAUGCAAAUGAGUGUGAAUUCGCCCAGUAUCGAGUUUGAAAUCGGCGGGAAAGUGGUGGAAUCAGAAGUGAUAGUAAACCUUCAAAAGAGCCCCAACUUCAACAAUCCUGUUCUCGUAGUUGUCGUGGAUCUUCCAAGAGAAGAGCUUUACACGCCACCCAUCAACAUCAAGGUCCGUGAUCAUCGAGCGUUUGGUCGAAAGCCCGUGGUGGGGAUAGCGACCAUCAGUGGACUGGGAAAGUAUCGGCGUCUUGACUCUGUAUCAAUAUCAACGGUCUUGGAAGACGACGAAUCAGACAUGCGAAAAGCUCCAACGCUGACUGUGACCGACAUGACUGAAGGUAAUGGUCGUCAAAAUGACUACACAGUCAUCGAUGUCCCUGAAGAGUCUUCUAGCAAAGAAACCAAAAUCACCUUCAAAGAAGAUGCGAGGAAGAAAAAGUUCAGUGUUAGUGGAUUCAGGAAGUUUCAGUGGUGGUCGAAGUCGAAGUCGCUGGAUCCGGAAGCGGUGGCUGAGGAAGAGAUUGAUUGGUGGUCGAAAUACUACGCAUCCAAGGGCGACUUCGAGAAGAGUGUUUCUUACACAGAAAGAGGCUAUGACACCAUUCAGAUCCUGAGCGGGGAGUUAGAAGAUGAGCCUGGCUUUAACGAAUUUUCUGAUUUCUGUGACACGUUCGAGCUAGCAAGAGGAAAGGCUUCAACUGACGGAGACCCAACUCUUACAGGGCAAUUCAAGGGAUCCUUUAAGAUGUACCCAAUGCCUCAUGAGCUGAAAGAGCCCGUUGCGCCCCGCUUCUUCAAGCCCUGCGAACUACCAUCGACAGGUUUAGUCGAGGUCCUCGUCCGGAUCUAUGUUGUUCGAGCUUAUCAGCUCUGUCCUCAGGAUAGGAAUGGACUGUCCGAUCCAUACAUCAUCGUUACUCUAGGAAAGACAGUUUUGGAUGACGUCAAGAAGUUCAUACCAAACACACUAGAACCUUUCUUCGGCAGGUUAUUUGAAGUGAAGACCGUACUACCGGUGAACAAGGAUCUUAAAGUAUCGGUGAUGGAUAAGGACUUUCUCAGCCGUGAUGACAUGAUCGGCGAGACAGUCAUCGAUCUCGAGAACCGAUAUCUCACACGAUAUCGUGCGACGUGCGGUCUCCCCCAAAGCUAUAGCAUAUCUGGGCCAAACGCAUGGAGAGACUCGUCUACUCCGCGUCAGAUCUUGGCCGAGUACUGCACACGCAACUCAAUGGCACAGCCAAAGUUUGAGGAAGCAGACCCAUGUACGGUCGUGAGAGUUGGAGGGGAGACGUACAGACUCGUGGAUUUUGAGCGGCACAAGCAACGGGACGAGCAUCGGGGUCCUGCCGACCAGCGGUUGGCGUUGUAUGCCCUGCACGAACAAGGUCUGGUACGAGAGCAUGUAGAAACAAGGUGCUUGUACAACUCGGCCAUGCCUGAUCUACCGCAGGGCCAGCUGGAGAUGUGGGUGGAUAUGUUUCCUACAGACUCGAAUAAUCCUUCGAUCGCUCCAGGACCACCUUUUGAUAUCUCUCCAAGGGCUCCCAAGAAGUUUCAACUGCGCUGUAUCAUUUGGAACACGAAGGAUGUAGAUCUCCAAGACGUUUCAUUCACUGGGGAGAGAAUGAGUGACAUUUACAUCAAAGGAUGGUUAGCUGGACUGGACGAGAAGCAAGAGACCGAUGUGCAUUACCGAUCACUAAAUGGUGAAGGAAACUUCAACUGGCGGUUUGUCUUUGACAUGCACUACAUCCCUCCCGAACGUGUGCUGUCAGUGAGGAGAAAGGAACAUUUCUGGAGCGUGAGUGAGACGGAAACAAGAGUUCCUCCGACCUUGGUUAUUCAGAUCUGGGAUAAUGACAAGUUCUCCGCCGAUGAUUUCAUAGGAACACUAGAGUUGGACCUUAAUCGGAUGAUAACUCCCACGAAGAAGGACCGCCAAUGCACCGUGGAGCAGCUACCUGGGGGUGAAGAUCAAACUGCCUUCAUGUCCCUUUUUGAGCGCAAGAGAGUGAAGGGGUGGUGGCCCUGCUACAACAUAGAUGGGGAAGAUGCGAAGAAGAAGCUAGCGGGUAAAGUUGAGAUGGAACUGGAGAUCCUGGAUGAUUUGGAGAUCACAGAAAGGCCAACAGCACAGGGAAGAGACGAACCAAAUCAACAUCCUCAUCUUGAUGACCCGAUUCGACCCGAGACGUCAUUCAUGUGGUUUACAUCGCCAUGGAAGUCGCUCCGUUUCAUCGUCUGGUACAACUACAAGUAUUACAUCCUGAUGACUCUCCUCAUCACUCUCCUCGUCAUCUUCCUCAUCCUAUUUAUAUAUAACAUCCCAAGUGCAUCCGUCAAUCGCGUGUUCGGUGGCUGAGGCGACCACGUCUUCAAUUAAUCAUUUGAUUGUGUGUUCAAUGGUCGAUUAGAUAAUGUGUUCAGCGUUCAAUUUGAAUGUGACAACAUAGACCUACUAGACAAUUUGUGUGUUCAACGGGCGAUGGAUUGUGUGUUUAAAGGCGAUUUAAUCAUGUCUAUGUCCAAUGGGCUAUUCGAGCGGGAGUUCAAUGGGUGAUUCGAUUGCGAGUUCAACGGUUGAUUUAAUCACUUGCCGCCAUUAACGAAGUUAGCACUUGACUGCCCAUUUGAAUUCCAAUAUUUAAUUUAGCUCAUCAAAUUAAAGCAUUUUUAGGAGGUAGUUGGUUAAAUCUUCUUUUAUCGACUUUUGAAACAAUAAUGGAUAUUCUAUCAAAAUUCUAUGCGAAAUGAUAGAAAAGCAUUUUUGUUGUUGGGAAUUAGAAGAUAUUUUGAAAUUGUGCGUUUGUUUUAACUCAGGGUAAACAAGGGGUUCUGAACCGAGCUUUAAUAUUUAAUUCAAAGUUAAUUUGAUUCAUACCACCAAAUAUCAAGAUAAAUAGGAACAUGAAUUUGUUUUACGAUAAUUUUUUUUGAUGGAACGCCCAAUUGGUCUAAUAGGAAUUUAGUAGCCAGACCAUCUCAAUGACUUUGAAAGAGUUGAUUUUGUUUGGGCAUUUAAUGCAAUAUGAAGAUGUCAGAAGCAAAACACAUUUUCAGGUUGAUUUGAUCUGGUCUAAUCAAACGUUUUUGUAACAGUGAGUUCAUAUUUUCGCAUUUUCAUCAGCAAAUGAAAUUAAAUAUCUUUAAGAUAUUUAAUUUAAGUUAAUAAAAUAUUUGGAUAAUGAAGUGAUUUCUGCAUUUAAGUUUUAGGGUUUAUAUUCUGCUCACGUUUAUUUGCUCUAUAAUUUUAUUCAUAAUAUGAUGGCUGUUUUCAGCAUUGUGCUUUGUGUCGACGUGUUGUGCCAAUAGGGUUAAGCACUAAUUUUCAAAUUUGUCUUUGAAAUAUUUACUGUUGAUGAUACAAUAACAAAUCAUGUUAUUGACAGACUUGUAAGCCAUGAUACUAUUAUUGGAGAAUGAGCAGUAUGGCGGAAUUCCCGAAGUAGUAUAUUCCUGAGAAAUUUUUGGUAAGGGGAAUUUUUUUCCUUCCCCCUUCCACAGUUAACGACGCUGUAAGUGGUUGCCGAAUUCCCGAAAUCCCUUUCCAGG